CGCAGCCCUUGGGCAAAGCCAAGUAUCAGUUGAGAGACCAGACCCAAUGUACACCAUGAAGACCGUCGCUUUCCUCGUUGUCGUGUUCGCGGCCUUCGCCUGCGCCUCCUGCUCGAGCUCCUAUGCAGCUCCGGCCGCAUCCUCGGUGCCAGCGCCACCGUGCCCCAAGAACUACCUGUUCAGCUGCCAGCCCAACCUGGUGCCCGCACCUUGUGCCCAGCCGGCGGCCGCCUACGGAUCGACAGGUGCCUACACGGAGCAGGUGCCCUCCUACAUUGGAUUCGCGCCCUACCAGCAGAUGCAGCAGUACCAUCAGCGCAUCGGCAAUGCGGCGCUGAUCGAUGAGCUGCGCAGCCUGGGACAGGGCAUCCAGGGCCAGCAGUACUAAACGGAGGCGAGGCCCAGACCAUUCCUGAAAUACGAGUAGCUUACUUUACUAGCUUAGAAAAUGCUUACAUUAGAUCUUCAACAAUAUACAAUAUACAAUCUCCUGCAUCGAUAAAAACAUUUCCCUUGCAU